UCAUCUAGCUCUCAGUGGGUGUGCGUUUAAUUCCACAUCCUGGUUUGUGUGUAGCACAAGAAGGAGGAGAGCUGACAAUUCUUUUUUUGCAUGACUAAACACCUUUCCCUCAAGGCAUGCUUGUGUGAAUUAUCAGGUAGUGUGUUCGCAGAUGUGAUUGCACCAAAGCUCUGUUGUGUCUACAAUACUUCUUGUUGACAGGAAAUACUUCAAUUCAAAGGUAUCAGCUCUUCCUUUGAGGACCUGAAAGCUUUCUGAUUUAUUGCAGCUAUGAGAUGUCAAGCGGUUUUGCACCUUGCUGUUGUAAUUGUCGUCGUCAUUACCUGGCUAAUCACCAUCAAUUCAUUGGAUAUACAGAAAAAAGCAAGACAUAUUCUCGGGUUUAAUGUCAAAGAUCGAAUCACGCCGAAAUUCAAAACAGCUACAACAAUACCUGAGCCAAAAUGCAGCCUCUCCGGAGUCUGUCCGCCUGACCAUUUUUCUCUGCGCAUCAGCAGUGGAGCAGCUAAUGUUGUCGGACCAAAGAUCUGUUUUGAUGGUAAAAUCAUUAUGAGCCAUGUGUUGAAUAAUGUGGGACCAGGACUGAACAUUGUGGUGCUAAAUGGUGAAAAUGGAAUAAUGGAAAAAUAUGGCUACCUCAAUAUGGAAAUUGGAAACCCAGAAGACGUCCUGGCGUACCUGAAGGAGAUAAAACCUGGAAUGAUUGUCUUGGUGGCCUCAUUUGAUGAUGUGGCAACAAAAAUGACAAAAGAAAUGACGGAGGUGUUCGUCAGCAUGGGAAGCACUUUGAUCAAGUCUGUAAAACCCAGAGAUAGCUGGGUGUUUGCUGGAAGAGCAGGGGCAGAAAACAGAAGCCUCUUUGAGAAGCGUGCUGUUAAUGAUGAGAAAACCAACAUUUAUGAAAGUUGGCCGGAGAUGGUAGAGGUGGGCGGCUGUUUACCAAGGACCCAAACUGAAGGACAUACACCUUAAAGGACCUUUGUGAUGAAGAGGAGAAUAUGACUUAUUUAAGACUUCUCUGGAAAAAAAUGAUAACUCUCCAAAUAGUUUAACAUCUAUUUCUGAAACUCAGA